CUGGUAUGUUCUAGAAAAUAACGAGAAAGAGCCGACGUUAAGAGCUGAAGAACCAAGCUGCAAGCAUAUUUUCUCCCAGAAGCAGUCAGUAAUGUCGAAGCUGGUUUUCCCUCUGCUUCUCCUUUGUUUACUUCCAGCUGUGGUUCCCCUCUUCUGUUACACCUGUGUGUUCCCCGCCAUCUCACCUCUGGCCUGCAUCAGAUUCCCUCUCAUGUGUCCAUCUGGGCAGGUCUGUCUGUCCAGCAGAGCUGUGGGUGAGAAAGGAGACUUCCGUGUGGUGUUGUACGAGAAGAGCUGCAUCCCGCCCUCCCUGUGUGGAGCCACGGGAGAAAGACGCACCAUGGGACUCAACUUCACCUUCACCAAUGAAUGCUGCGACACACAUCUGUGCAACAGAGCUCCAACACCUGCUAACACCUACUGGGCUGGCACAUUACUCAUGCUUCUUAUUUCAUAUGCAGUUUGGUGAAUAGAAGCAACAUGGCAGAGAACUUGGGUACUUUCCAAAUACUUUUUCUUUUUACUUUUAGUACAUACUGCAGCUGCACUUAAACACUAACUACUGUUGCAUGCAGUAUUAAUUAUAAUAAUAUAAUUGGGACAUACUACUACUUCAUAACAUUGUGCCUUGAACUUUGACCCUCUUGCUUAUAUAUCCGCUGUGCAAAGGAUUGUGGGUCAGAAUAGCCAGAAAAGCAUGUUGGCUUGCACACUGCAAAAUGCGACCAGAUGUAGUAAGACAUCCUGGCAUUUUUGGCAUACUGCAUUUGACAUACUAUGUAUUGGGACAUACUAACUCUUUAUCUGGCAUAUCAUGGGUAUUGCAGUAUGGGUAUUGUAACACACAGCGUGUUUGACACACUUGAAGUGGAGGCGCUGUUGCCUUUUCUGCCCUCUAAUCGACACAUUGUACUCAACUUCCUUUUAAUAACUGUGCACUAAUCUGUGCUAAGACAAGGUUUGUUAUACCAUGUUUUUACAUCAUGUCUGUGAGAUGGGAUUAUCUCUGAUUAUUGCCAAGUAAAUACGUGCCUUUCUAGUAGCAGAACUAUUUUUGGAGCGGAGAGCAGGAGUGAUGUAGCUUAUGUUACCAUGAUUUAGUAUUUUUCUACAAACUGUGAUAAAACGGUCAAGUUUGUCUCAGAGGGCUUUAGAAUUAAAUAUGUACACACUGUGUUUGUAUUUACCCUCUGUCUUUAGAUCCUCCACCAAAAAAAGGAUAAAACUCCUCCAAAAAGAGGCUCACAUACAGAGUAUAGGCGGUGGCAGCAGUAGCAGAAUUCAGUAUUAAAAAAAAGGAUUACAGUAAAACGUAGGUUUCAGGGAUUUUAACAAAUUAAAUAAAAUGCUAUUUUAACUGUAUACGUGUGACCCAAUGUACAGAAAUAAGAAGAUGGAGUUGUACUCCACCUGAACAAUGCUUGUGCUCAUGUGGCACUGGCAUAAGAAAGUCUUAUUACAUUCAUGUUGCAUACUUAGCCUGCAAAUGUUGGAACAUUGCCAUGCUGUAUAAGAGUAAUUUUAUUUAUGUGUUGACAGAAUUGUAUAAAAAAAUAUUGUUUGGA